GACGAUUAUUAUUCCCUACCUAACCUUACCCAAGGUAAUAGAUAUAUCCUUUCCCGGCAAAUCAAAGUUGGGGGUAUACCAGCUGCUCGAAGGAUGACGCACCCCUCGAACGCCAUCUUCGACAACGAAAAGCAAGCGCCCAUCUCAGACGAGAGGAAUAGACCUCUGACUGACCUAGAGGGCGCUGCCAUCCUACAAACCCUCCGUGAGGCUGCGACGGGGCCCAACACCGACAUCGUACCAACGACUAUCGAGCCCGAUCUCGAGCACUCCCUUGACCUCAGUUCGCAUCCAGCAUCGCAUUACUGGGAUGCGUCGACAAUGGCCCCGCUCAAUGCAGUCUCGGCGGUCAGUAUAGCUUGAAUUUCUAAUCCCCGAGCGAGCCCUUUGAUAUCAUGCCACCCCAUCCCCGAGCUGGAGGAUAUGUAGGAAGGACAAGCAACCCACACAAAACUUGAGAUACCCGGGUGGUAAAAUGCUUAUGCCAUCAAAGGCCGCCAUUGCGCGACUGCGCGCCUACAAACCCCCUCCCUUUCCGACAUGGGAUCGCCUGCCAGUAAGCCGAAGAGCCGCUGUCCUGGUACUCCUGUUUGCCGAUCGCAAGGGCCAACUUAGAGUCGUUAUUACCAUGAGGGCGGCCAGUCUGCGUAGUUUCUCUGGACACGCAGCAUUUCCGGGAGGAAAGGCAGACUCUCUCACAGAAACACCAUACCAAAUCGCCCGUCGGGAGGCCUGGGAGGAAAUCGGCCUUCCCAUGGACGAUUCGAAGAUACCGAAGCCGUUUAGGAUAGAACCGCUCUGCAGUCUGCCAUGCAGCCUAGCCAAGACCGAGUUGGCGGUACGGCCCUGCGUGGCUUUCCUACACGCCGACGACGCACCCAGCAAGCCACCCACAAUGGUGGACGAGAGCAUGAUACCUCGGCUAGACGCGAAAGAAGUGGCCGCUGUGUUUUCAGGCCCGCUGCACAACUUCUUGAAGGCGACAGACCAACAAGUCCAGGGCGAGACGCUCCCCAAUGGCGAUUGGUACGAUGGGAGAUGGACCGAAUGGCACGGCAAGUCGUGGCGGAUACACAAUUUCUGGGUGCCAAUAAACAAUCAAAGAGUGACGAAGCCGAAGACAAGAGAUGGCGGGCAGGCGGCUCUAGCUGAUGAGUUGGAAGAGGACGAAGUACAGAGGUUUCUAGUCUGGGGCUUGACAGGCCGGAUGCUUGUCGAUACUGCUCGCAUUGCGUACGGGGAAGAGCCUGAGUUCGAGCACAACAAACACUAUGGGGACGAAGAAAUCAUAGCGAUGCUUGAAUCCCAAGGCCGGCUGCCGGACAAGAAGAGGAGAGAAAUCGGUCAGGAGGCAGUCAAGGAAGAGGUCAAAGAUGCCAAGAUAUAACGCAGGUCAAACC